UCGACAAAUAAAUUAUACAAAAGAACAUGUUCUCUCUCUCUCUCUCUGGAUCGAUUUCUCUCUAUCUCUCUUCUCUAGCUUACACUCUGGGGUCGAUAGAAUCACACUUCCAAUUCGCUGGAGAGGGGCUUCUCCAGUUCUGUUUUAAGAAACCUAUAGACUUCUUUAUAUAUUUGUCUCUGUGUGAGAGUUAAAGACCUCUAAUCACUAGAAAACACACUAGGAUUCUAGAGAGAGAGAGGAUGGCUUUGGAAGCUGUAGUGUUCUCUCAAGACCUGUUGAGUUAUGGCUGCAAGGACUUGUACACCAUAGGAGGAGGUUGGAGCUACGAUUUUGGUGUAGCAGAAGAAGAAGAGAAAGUAAGGUUUGAAGAGGUUGUUCUUGACAAGAAUAUAGACCAAUGUUUCAGUGGGAAUUGGGACACUUCUUCAUCUUCCAUGGUACAAAAUGUGAAGGAGUAUUGGGAAACCAAUUCGUCCCCGGAGGCUUGCACCGGCGACGGAUUCUCCGGCAGUGACUUUGCACAGAUGAAAUCUCCGCCACCGCUACCGCCACCGCUACCGCUGCCUGGUCGACGUAAGAGACGACGCACUAGGAGUUGCAAGAACAAAGAAGAAGUGGAAAAUCAAAGGAUGACCCACAUUGCCGUCGAACGUAAUCGUCGGAAACAGAUGAACGAGUAUCUCGCCGUGCUCCGUUCUUUGAUGCCUCCAUCUUUUGUUCAGAGGGGAGACCAAGCAUCUAUCAUAGGGGGAGCUAUUAAUUUUGUGAAGGAGCUAGAGCAACUCCUUCAAUCUCUAGAAGCUGAGAAGAGAAUUAAGCAACAAUCAGACCCUAGUUUCUCUUCUCCAUUUGCAGAUUUCUUCACCUUUCCUCAGUACUCCUCAAUCUCAGCUCCCUCCAACCACUUGGGGUCUUUAAAUGAAUCUGUGGCUGAGAAUAAAUCAGCCAUUGCAGACAUCGAAGUGACCAUGGUGGAAAGCCAUGCCAACCUCAAAGUGCUCUCAAGGAGAAGACCUAAACAGCUCUUGAAGAUGGUGUCCGGGUUCCAAGGUCUCAGACUCACUGUCCUCCACCUCAAUGUUACAACCGUUGAUCAAAUGGCCCUCUACUCUUUCAGUGUCAAGGUUGAGGAAGAAUGCCAACUUACUUCAGUGGAUGAAAUUGCUACAGCUGUUCAUCAAAUGCUAUGUAGGAUCCAAGAGGAGUCUGUGUAGAGUUGAUAACCCUAAUUUUCCAAUGUAAUUAAGGCCCACAUUUUGUAUGGAUAAAAGGGGUGGAUCUUCUCAUAUGUUUCUAUUUUUCUUGUAGUUUUAGGGUUCUUUGUACUUUGAGUAGUUUUAAUCCAUCCAAUAUCUUUACCCAAA